AUGUUCAAAAUUCUUGGUCCAUUAUCUAGAUACCUUCAGACCAAGGGUAUGAAUUUGAUAAAGGCCCAGGAGUUGGUCAAUUGUGCAUUAACACAGUUAAAACAAAUUCAAAGACAUUUUGGAGAUGUAAAAUUAGAAGCCGAUAAUUUUAUAAAAUAUAUAAAUGAACAAUUUGAUGAAAAACAUGAUAGGGAUGUAUUAAUUGAGAAUGAAUUUCCAAAUAAAAGAUGUCGCCUUCGCAAAAAAUUAUUUGAUGAAAACAAUAAAGAUGAACCCAUAUUAUGCCUUGAAAAAAAAUAUAGUGUUGAAGUAUAUAAUGUAAUUUUAGAUCAAACCAUAUCUAGUAUAGAAAAGAAAUUUUCAAUUAAUAAGUCUUUGUAUAAGGAUUUAAAUUUUUUAUCACCCAAAAAUUUUGAAGAGUUGCAAAAACAAAAUUUACCACCAAAUGCUUUAAAAAAAUUGUAUGACGUUUUAUGCAAAUUUGAUUCUGAUAUAAGUUAUGAUCAACUAAAAGCGGAAUUGCAUAGCUUUAUUAAAUAUUGGAAUGGAUUAAAAAAAUCAUUACCAGAAUCAUUUGAUAUGCAAUUAAAUGAAAUUGAAAGUGAAAAUGAAAUUGAAGAAAAUAAUAACAAAAAUAACACUGAUAAAUUAGAAUGUAAAUCCUGCAAGAAUUGUGUGGUAUGCUGCUAUAAUGUUCUUAUAAAAUAUAAUUUAUAUAGUAAUGCAUAUCAUUGCUUGACCAUGGCUUAUCAAUACUUAUUGACAUUGCCGUGUACUCAAGUAGCAUGCGAAAGAUCAUUUUCUCUGUUGAAAAUAAUUAAAACUCGUCUGAGAAAUUCAAUGGGUGAAGAUAAAUUGGACGCAUUUAUGAUGAUGGCAGUCGAAAAAAAUGUUUUAUUUAGUAUUGAUAAUGAUGAUAUUAUUAAUAUGUUAAAAACUAAAAGUGAUUUAUUAAAUAAUAAACUUUCUUACUAA